AUGAACUAAAGUGAAUUAAGUUCUGAUGAUUUGGAUCAAUUAUUCAAAGGAAUUUAAUCUAAGUUGGAAGGAAAAGAAGACAUUAUGGAUUCCUUGAUACCUAAAUUUUAAGAAAAAUACAAAUUUUUCCAAAUCUAAGAAUCCUCUAAAAAAUUAUUAGGAAGAUUUUAGCUUAGACUAUCAGAAUUGAUGGAAAAAUGUAAGAACUAAAAUUAAUUCAAUUACUUGGUUGGCAUUCAAUAGAAGUUGUUAACAUUUAAUAUCAUUCAAAUUCUUGAUUAAAUUAAUAACUCGGGAAUCGAAAAUAAAGCAAAGGAUAUUGUUCAAUAAUUCAGAUAACCUACUAACUGGCAAUAAAAUAAUAAAAUAAACAAAUCAUUGUUUUAAUUUUAUGAGGAUUAAUUUUGGAGAUUAUAUGGCAUUUUGUUAUUGAAUGAGUAUUUAUAUAUUGAUUUUAAGAGAAAACAUAGAAAAUAUGAUAUUACUAUCAGUCAAAGCAAGAUAAUGUUGAACGAUUAUUGA